AUGUCAUUAAGUACUAGUGCUACUGUUGGUCCGGCUACAGCGUUAUCUGUUGUGAGAUUGAAAGAUCAAUGUCUGAAGGAAAUCAAACAUGUUGGAUCUGGCCCAGUUGGGAUGAAGCCACUUCGCUUGCAGUUUCAUCCCUUCGAAAGAAGAAGAACCAGAAUGCAAGCUUUUCGAGUGCAGCUUGCUUCUAUAACAUGUUCUUCUGCUUUGAACGCAACUUGUGCUGCAGAGCAAACCCAAACAGUUACACGGCAAUCAUCAACCAUUACUGUUGCACCUAUUCAAGGAAAGGAAAAAUCUCCAGAACUCGAUGAUGGUGGGACAGGAUUUCCACCUCGUGAUGAUGGUGAUGGUGGGGGUGGUGGCGGUGGCGGCGGCGGCCAUUGGUCAGGCGGGUUCUUCUUUUUUGGCUUUCUUGCUUUCCUUGGAUUCUUAAAGGAUCAAGAGAGUGAAGGACCUUACCGGGAUGAAAGGAGGAGAUGA